AGGAAGGUGCGGUCCGGCCUGUGAAGGUUCGACCCGGAAGCCGCCGCGGCCGCCGCGCGGCUCGAGCUUGCCUCUCGGCGGGGGAUGUCAGUGCCGCCGCCCCGCGUCCCCGGGCCCGCCGUGUUCUCCUUCCUCGCUCGCCACCUGCCCAUGGGUCUGCACGGCGACGGCGGGGGCCGGGCCCAGGGGCAGGCAGCCCGAACGGGGCCGCGGCGCUCCGGGGGCCUCGGCGGCGGCGUCGCCGUGUUCGCCGCGGUGGCCGCCCUGUUCGCCCGCACGCUGCCGCCCUCGGUGCCGGGGGGAGACUCGGGGGAACUGAUCACAGCGGCACAUGAGCUUGGAGUUGCCCACCCUCCUGGCUACCCUCUCUUCACGCUGGCAUCUAAACUGGCAAUCACGCUCUGCCCUUUUGGCUCUGUCGCCUACCGGGUCAACCUUCUCUGCGGCUUAUUUGGAGCGGUCGCUGCGUCCUUGCUUUUUGACACCGUUUUCAGGCUCUCUGGCUCACGCGCUGGAGGAAUCCUUGCCGCGGGGGUGUUCUCAUUUUCUCGCCUAACAUGGCAGUGGUCCAUCGCAGCCGAGGUUUUCAGCUUAAACAAUCUGUUUGUGGGGCUGCUGAUGGCUCUCACUGUACACUUUGAGGAGGCAGCAACUGCAGAGGAGAGAUCAAAGAUUGCUAAAAUUGGUGCUUUCUGCUGUGGCCUUAGCUUGUGUAAUCAGCACACGAUAGUCCUCUAUGUUUUAUGCAUAAUACCUUGGAUUCUCUUUCGGCUUUUAAAAAAGAAGGAACUCUCCCUGGGCUGCCUGCUGAAGCUGAGCGCCUGCUUCUCUGCUGGCUUGCUGCCCUACGUCUACCUGCCAGUCUCCUCCUACCUCAGUCGAGCCCGGUGGACCUGGGGAGACCAGACAACACUGCCGGGCUUUUGGACACAUUUUCUCAGGGAAGAAUAUGGAACGUUCAGCCUGGCCAAAUCUGAAAUAGGAUCCAGUAUGUCUGAAAUACUGCUUUCUCAAGUAACAAAUAUGAAGGCUGAACUCUCAUUCAACAUCCAAGCCCUUGCAGUUUGGGCAAAUAUAAGUUUACUAAGAAAGGACAAACAGACUCCAUCAGUAGUAUGGCUUUUUACUGGAAUGCUUUGCAUUUAUUCAUUGUUCUUUGCUUGGAGGGCAAAUUUAGAUAUUUCAAAGCCACUUUUCAUGGGUGUGGUGGAACGGUUCUGGAUGCAGAGCAAUGCAGUGGUGGCCGUCCUCGCUGGCGUCGGCUUGGCUGCCCUUGUGUCUGAGAGUAGCCGGGUGCUCAACAGCAGUGGGCUGCAGUGUCUGGAAUGGCUCUCCACCACCCUUUUUGUGGUUUACCAAAUAUAUUGUAAUUACAGCAUUUGUGACCAAAGGACCAACUAUGUGAUUGAUAAAUUUGCAAAGAACCUUCUGGCCUCCAUGCCUCGUGAUGCGAUUCUCUUACUGAGAGGGGACCUGCCUGGGAAUUCGCUUCGUUACAUGCAUUACUGUGAGGGCCUCAGGCCAGAUCUCUCCUUAGUGGACCAGGAAAUGAUGACUUACGAGUGGUAUUUACCCAAGAUGGCAGAGCACUUGCCAGGUGUCCGCUUUCCUGGGAACCGGUGGAAUCCUGUGGAAGGAAUGUUGCCUAAUGGAAUGGUCACAUUUAAUCUUUAUCAUUUUCUCGAAAUAAACAAACAAAAAGAAACGUUUGUCUGCAUAGGAAUUCAUGAAGGUGACCCAACCUGGAAGAAGAAGUAUUCCCUUUGGCCAUGGGGGUCCUGCGACAAAUUAGUCCCUUCAGAUAUUGUGUUCAACCCAGAGGAAUGGAUCAAACUCACGCGGAAUCUCUACAACUGGACGGAAGAAUACGGGCGGUUUGCUGCGUCUUCGUGGGAGUCUGUGGCCAAUGAAGAGAUGUGGCAAGCCAGGAUGAAAACGCCGUUCUUCAUCUUCGACCUGGCCGAAAGUGCUAACCUGCCUGCAGACGUGAAAGCCCGACUCUACACUCACGCAUACAACCUGUACAAGGAGCUCGUGUACUCACAGAAGGCACACCCAGUGAACUGGCACAAGAACUACGCCCUCGCCUGCGAGCGCCGGCUGCGCCUGGCGGGGCGGGACGCAGACCCCGAAGCUCUGCUGUCUGAAACCAUCAGGCACUUCCACCUGUACGCCCAGAAAGCGCGGGAUGACCCGCAGCGAGCCGACAUUUUAGGUGCUCUGAAGCACCUACGCAAAGAACUGCGAAGUCUGAGAAAUAGGAAAACUGCCUGAGACAGCAGAAUUAUGAAAAUCCUGGCCAGCGCUCAGCAUCCGGAAUUCUGGAGUCCGGAACUCUCCUGCCAAGCUGAGAAACUGUACAUCAGAAAAUCAAACACCGAGUCGUCCCCCAGACCAAAUAACGUGGUACAGGCAGUGCUGUUUAUCGGGGGUGUCUCAUGACAGAUGUACUGUGUAUGCAAAAUUCUGGUUACCCCACCUUACCAAGUGAGCAUUUCAGUAGAAGCUUCCGGAAAAUCUUCCUGCUUCCACAGUCCUUCCUUCACCCAGUGACGGUGCUUGUGAGAUUCGGGAAAGGAACAAAUGCUCGGCGUCCGCCCAAGAUCCCACCUGUGCCUCCUGUCACGGCCUUGCUCAUUGGUGGUGGUUUUAGAGGAGAAAUUCUGAAAGCUGCGAGUGCAAGACCAAAGACAUGUUUGGAUUCCUGAAAGUGAAAUAAUUUUUUUUGAGAGAAUGAAUGUUAUGCUUCCAGUUGGAGUACGUUGUUUUAAAAGUAACUGUGGUUGUCACAUUAUCUCACACCUGAAGCUAAGUACCAAGUGGAUGAUAUUUUGGGAAAAAAAAAUAGUUGGGGUUUUAUUGUCUUAGCUAGUUCUCUGAAGUCACUGGAAAGAAAAGCUAAUUUGCUGUUUGCUGAUUUUACUUGCAGAAGCUGAUUGGCGAGUAAAAAGAUUUUGUAUUUAAUUCAUUUUAUAUUUAUGUUUCACUUCUGUCUGGACUAUAGAUGUAGGCCUAAUAAUUAGUAGGCUCCUGCUAGCAAAAAUGGGGAAAAAAAAAAGGUGGGGGGGGGGAGGCAGGGAUUGGGGGGAAUGGGGACAUGGUUCAAUAAAUUCAUUUCUGUUACAAACAUCUUUUAUACAUAUGACUGAAGAGAACACGGUAAGAAAUGCAAAUCAUAGUUCUUUAUUUUAUUAUGACAGUUAAUUAAUAGCAACCUGUUUUAAUGAAUAAAGUCACUCAGAGCCCUUCAGCACUUCCUAAGUAGAGGCCAGAACCGGUGGGGAUUCUGUCCCACCCAAUUGUGAGGCUCCUAGACUCUAAGCACUGUAGAGGCCCUGUAUAGAAAUGCUCACUAAUGAAGGGGGAGGGCUAGGAGCUUGUCUGCCUUCCGCAAGAAAAGGCCCCUUACCAGGAGCAGUCACAGUUCCGUGGCAUUGUGCUAGCAAAAGGGGCUGAUCAAAGGUCUCCCGUGGAGCUUGCAUGGUUCCCUUUCAUACCACGACCAUAAUUAAAACCACUAAUUCUCUUUUAAAAUGCUGCAGGAUGCCAUGUAGGCAUCUGUCUGGAGUGUCCUUUGUGAUGUCAUAAGCUGUUAAGGACCAGUGCCGAGGGCUUUGAGCGAAAUGCCAGUCAUGAAGGUGCUUCCAGACAAGGGUGCCUCGAGAAGCCUGACAGGGCCUUGACUGCACAAUUCGGGCUGAAUUUGCCCCUUGUCAGCUGCCAGUAAAUAAAUCUCAAAGGGGGAAAAGCUGAAGUUUCAUUACCUGAUCCGGGGGGCUUUGUUGGUUUUGGCAUCACACAGGGGAAGCUCUUGCCCCUCCAUUCUCUGGAUUUGAAGAUGUCCAUUGGAGCCUGCAGCGCCUGGACAGGGUUCAGAGCGGAACCUUUUGAAGAGUGUCAAUAGUGGUAACAGUUCAGCUGUUAGGAAGACAAAUAGAUGGAGGAGCUCAUUAAUCCGCUUUUGGCUCUCGGUGCCUUUUGCCCUUUUAUCACAGCCUUAUUAGGCUUCUACUCAUCUUGAACCAGAAAAAAAUGAAUUGAAGUUGUUGAGGACUAAUUGGCAAAGACUUUUAAUCAUGGGCCAAGAACUUUCACUGACUUGAAAGUAACUUCUCCACAGGGAAGAGCCGAAAACCUGGUUUACCUUAAAACAAAAACCUGUUGGAGUCCAGCGCGGUGUAAAAAUUUAAGGAAGCAUUGAUAAAUUGUCUAAGUUUAUCCAUUUGCAAGAAAGCGUGGUAAGAUGAUGACUGCAUUUUUCUACGAAAACCACAGUAAAAUCUAAACAUUGCUUCAAAGUGCAUCACUUCCUUGGUUCAGAAAAGAGGUGGUGUGCUUACAAGAGACGGUCAUGUGUGUCGUCGCUGAACGUCCACUCGGUGGUUGAGGAACCUUUUUAACUUCCUAAUUUCCUAUGUAGUCUUAAUAAUGACAACAAACGAAGGCGCCUCGUUCAGAAUCUCUGCCCUUUAAUUUCGUGUCUGAUCCACGGAGCUGCACACCUGUCUGAAUAUGUUCUCUACACUGAUUAUUGUCAAGUGAUAGGUAGAUUACCCCGUGUUUGUGCAACAAAGACUUUGGGUCCCCCUCUCUUUGAGAAAGCAAUAAUAUGAUGGCCCAGAGUAGAUGCGGUCAUCAUCAUGUAAAUUUAGAAAAGUCGGUAAAUGAAAAAUAAAAUAAAUGUAAGUGGUGCUGAGAUGGAGGCACGCUGGGCUUCAUUCCCAGGGCAGCCCCACUACAGAAUCCUUUCCUUUCUGUGUGUGAGGUUGAGCAAGCUGCUCGCUUGUCCUUUCUCCCUCUCCUUGGCACAAACACCGUCAGAUCUCACAAGAGGGGUUCCUUUCGUCUCACCUCCCGACGUGGAAGAGGUGAGGUCUCCUGCAGGAUUUGGCCGGCAUUCUCCUUGCAGGGUCCCUGGAGUCCCACGGGUUGGCAGGAUGACAGGAACCCCACUAGGCGAACUUCUGCCGGGACUUUGGCCUGAGGAGCAAGUGGAAGCCAGCAGAACUGUCUGCCUCUCCACACGCUGCUGUGUCCCGCUGCCCUGGCAGGAGGGCGAGGGGAGAGCGGGCGGCGGCUCGCGUCACCUGACAAACGCGGGCGCAUGUCCCUUCCCUCCGAUGGGACUGUGCGUGGGUCUCCAAGUUGACUUCCUCUUUCUCCGCCCCUCCCUCUCCCUCGCCCCUCUCCCCUCUCCCCUCCUUCUCCCCCCUCUCCCUCUCCCCUCCCUCCCUCCCUCUCUCCCUCCUUCUGUCUCUCUCCCUCCCUCCCUCUCUUUCCUUCCAUCCUUUUUUAAGUUUUGCUGUGUUACUCAAAUGCAGCCAAAAUAGAACCAAUUUCUACUGUACUAUUCUGAGAACUUCCAAUAGAAAUUGUGGAACUUUUUUCCUGCCUGUAUUCUUAGUGUUUUCUGAUGAUAGAACCAUGAAAUUUAACCUUUGUGGUAUUUAAAUAAAGCCCAUUUUGAGUGCUAGGGUUAUUUUUUGAUCCCCCGCUAAUAUCCUUUAAGUCAUCAAGCUAGGCUAUGAAGAGUUGCUUUUUCUAAAUUUAUAUUUUAAAAGUUAAACAUUGGGAGUCCUUAAUCACAGUUUCCAUCAAUAUCCCUCAGAAUUCAAAAUGUUAAUGCUUAAUGGAAGAAAAUUUUAAUACCAAAGGUUGGGGGAAAAUUUAAUCUUGCUACAGCAAAUCCUUCUGCUCUGCUUGUUUCUGCUGUAUUUUACCAGUGCCCCCCAGCAUAGGAUGUUACUUAACAUUUGUUCUUCUAACUGGCUGCAAGUCCUACGUAUGGUUAAGUGAAGAAGACGGCAGCAGCCCAGAAAGAAAUUCACACGAUUUUGGUCAUUCUCACAUUUCGUUGUGGAUGCAAAGCCAUUCUAAUGCUUGCACUCACAAACAAAUCAGUGACGCUUUCAGGGAUUCUGGGACCAUCUAAAGGCCAAGGGCUUGGCACAGCAUUAGAGAGCAAACAAGGAGCGAAAGCUUUCGCAGCGAUCAUAUCCAAUGAAGACGUCAUCGUCAGGCCCCUCCGAAGGUCUGUUUGAUUUGGAUCACGGUGCAUAGUAUUUUUUUUAAAGCCCCAGGAAUAGUGCCGUGUGCUUACCUGGAAAUGGGAACAUCUCUUGCAAAAGGAUUUUAGCAGGAAAGGAAGUCUGAUUGCUCUUCACCAAUGUGCCACGUAUGUUUGGUGGAAAUUGUGCUGGACUGAUUAGCUCAAAUCAUCCUGGAGAGGAGAAGGCGGUAAUGAUGGCGGGAAGGAAAGGUAGAAGUUCCAAAAUUGUAAGUGUGAGAUCAGCAGUUAUGCACCCAGCAGUGGGGCUCUUUGGUUCCCACAAAUCCAAAGUGUUGUGGGCGAGGGUUAAUGUACAGUAAUGUGUAUAUGGUGGUGACACUAGAAAAGUUGAUUAGGUUGAGAACGUUUUGAGGUAAAGGUCAAGAACACAAAGGCAGAUAAUUGGGUCAUCCUGUCCCUGUAAUCCACAGAGCAACCAAGAUGUCCUGAAUCUUUUUGUAGAGAAUUGCCAGUAGAAGAGGAGAAUGAUGUCAAAUUAAGGUGAAAUAAGAGAUAACUGGAAAUAAGCCAGAGCUAAGAUUUAACCUUUUCAUGGACCUUUGCCUUAAAUGCUUAGAAUCUGUUAGAAUUCUAAGUAGUAUCAGGGGAAUAUAAAAGAACCAGUGCAUGGAAAUAGAGUACAGUCUUUGUCUUGGUAAAUUCAUUACGCAGUAUAUAUUACAGUAAAUGGAGAUUGUCCUUUUUUUUUUUUUUAAGAUUAUUUGCCUGAAAUGUAGAGUGACAGAGAAAGAGGGAGAGGAGAGGGAGAGACAGACAGAUCUUCCAUCCAUUGGUUCACUCCCCAGAUGCUACAACAGCUGGGGCUAGCCCAGGCCAAAGCCAGGAGCCAGGAACUCUGUGUGGAUCUCCCAAGUGGGUGGCAGGAGCCCAAACACCUCAGCCAUCAUCUGCUGCCUCCCAGAGUGCACGUACGCAGGCAGCUGGAUUGGAAGCAGAGGCAGCCUCAAUCCUGGGGGCUCUAGUCUGGGGUGUGGGGAUCCCGGGAGGCAACUUAGCCUGCUAUACCACACACACCCCUUUUUAAAAAAAUCAGUCAUCUGUGUAAAGGGAUUUUCCUCCGCUAAAUGAAAUAUUCUCUUCCACGUUUGAGCCUUCAAUACCUGUGGUCAUUACUCCUAUGCAAACGUGUGUAUGACUAAAAUCAAAAGGGGGACAAUGCUUGGGAAAUUAGACCCAGUGCCCUGCUCCCUGGUUGAGUCUCCCAUUCGCCGGACCCUCAAGUGUCAUUUGAGACAUAGAAUUCCCUGUGAUAGCCCUGGCAUGCUGAGACUUGGAUCAAGAAACUGCAGUAGUGGACCUGUCGGAGGGUUUUUUUGAAGAGAAGAUAAAAGAUUCAAGGCCUAGAAUCUUCUUACAGUGUCUUCCCUCAUAAUCGGUUUUAAAAAUGGAAGGGAAACAUUACAGAAUCAUUUUGUUAAUAACUGCUUUUAAAAGUUAAUGUAGAAAAUCAAGGGCUUUAUUUUUUUAAAUAAGCAGAUGAUGAUUUGGUUCUUCAGAAAACCGGAUUCCUUUGAUUGAAAAUUAAACACCAGCCUAGCUGGUGAGAGAAAAACCAAAACAGGUGCGUGAGUUCACGGAGGUCGAGCACGUGUACUUUGUGGCGGUCUUUAUGUAGUAUGUCCUGAGUUUUCACCAAAGUAGUGAAAAUCCGCCAGUGUGUGGUCCGGUACCUACGUAGUUCUGACCAUCAGCCGUUAACCUCUGCGUUCACCUGUGUCUGCCUGGGGGCAGCUCCUUGCAGUGCAGGACUGUGCUGUGUGGUGAGAACUGACCAGCUGCUUCUUGAUGAAAUGGGAUUUGUAGGGGCCGGCUCCGUGGCUCACUUGGUUAAUCCUCUCUCUGUGGCGCUGACAUCUCAUAUGGCGCCAGGUUCUAGUCCCGGCUGCUCUUCUUCCAGUCCAGCUCUCUGCUGUGCCCCAGGAAGACGGUGGAGGAUGGCCCAAGUGCUUGGGCCCUGCACCCGCAUGGGAGACCAGGAAGAAACACCUGACUCCUGGCUUUGGAUCGGCAUAGCUCCAGCCUUAGCGGUCAUUUGGGGGGUGAACCAACAGAAGGAGGACCUUUCUCUCUCUCUCUCUCGCUGUCUAACUCUAUCAAAUAAAUUAAUUAAAAAAAAAAAACUGCUUCUCACUGUGGGUCAUUGUAAAAAGUAAACUUGAAAGCCACUGGGUAGGAGAACCUAAUGCCAAAAGGGUUAUUAAGACAUCAUCUAGUCUCACUGUCUAACUCUGCCUGUCCAAAAAAAAAAAAAAAAACAAAA